CUAGUACACAUAGUGCAAUAAGUUGAAGUGAAACAAAUAUAUUGUAAUAAUUGUGCAAAAAUUUUCGUAAAUGGGCGAAUCUUUUCGACGAGAGAUUUUGCGAGUCUUCAAGAAACUUCAUAGAACAAGAUUAAAGACAUUUGAAGGCGACGAAUAUGCAUUGCAAGUUGUGAGGGAUCAGAUAAACAAAGAAUACAAAAAAUAUAAAAGUGUCACAAACCAGACAGUGAUUGCGGAGUUAAAUAAACUCGCUCAGGAAGUUGAAUGUGAAAUACGAACGACUGUCAUACAAGCGGUCGAAACGGCACCUAGAAGAAUAGCGCUGCGACUUACUCCAGAUGUCUUGGUAGACAAUGUGCCAUAUAAGGAUCAAAAAGAUGGUAAAUUAGACAAAGAAAGCAAAGACUAAAAUUGAGCUACUCACAAUCUAUGGUAUUGAAGAAUAUCGAACAGGAAUAAGAAUCAACUAAAGUUAAUUAUGAAUAGUUAUUACAAUGAAAUCACCUAGACAUCUGAUCAAUUAAAAUUAAAAUUUGUAAAUAAUGUAUUAUAUA